CGAAAGUAGACGGAUUUUUCACCUGCCGGAAGGUUUAUGUUUGUUUUAUUAAUUAAUAGGGCUAUAAAUUAAUUAGAAAACUAUGGCUACCGGAGGAAUUGAUGAUAACAUUCAGGAAUGUGGUAGUGACGCCGUCGGUGGAAGAAUCGGGAGCAAGUGUGAACCUUGUCGUCGUCGGGACAGGCCAGAGGUGGCUUCGUUGUUCUGUAAUACAUGCAAGGUAUAUCUAUGCGAUGACUGUUGUGAAGUACACAAGAUACAUGUAGAUGGACAUCAAAUCGUGGCUGCCCAUAAAUAUUCAUUCAAGGCAAAGGUCGAUAUGAAGGGACUAGAUCAGUGUUUAGAACACUCACGAGUAUUUAUGUUCUACUGUGAAGACCAUUGCGAUUUAUGCUGUGAAAUAUGUGCAAUUGCACACCAUCGAAAAUGCAACGAUGUUCACGAAAUAGCAAAGUUGGCUAAGAAUGUGAAAGAUGAUGAAAGGGAAAAGAUACGUGCUUCCAUUAUCACUACCUCAGAAGUUAUAAUGAAAUGCAAGGAAGUUCAAUUGAACAACGUUUCGCGAGUUGAAGAAAUUGUAAAAGAAAUCGAUAUUUACAAGGAAGACAUAUUGACGAAAAUUGAGAAAGCCAAGGCGCAAAUAGUCAGCGAAAUGACAAACCAUAACACACAGGAAGAUGAGCGUCUUAAUACGAAGAAAAAAGUGGCUGAAAACCUGAAGAGAGAACUUGAGCCGCACUUGGCAAUGUCAGAGAGCGUUCGCGAGAAUGGAACGGAAACGGAAAUAUUCAUUCUAAACCACAUUCUCAAAAGGACACAAGUCAAGGCAUCGCAAACACUGAACACUUUGUUGAAGAAUGAAUACACCGUCAAGGUGGGAAUAACAAUCAACGAAAAUGUUUUAAACAUAAAAACUACUGAUGUCGCAUUAUUCUCGUUAAAUAAAAAAUCGGCGGUGCGUCUGGAGCUGUUGAAAACCAUGGAGCUCGUGAAGACAGAGGACGACCAGAAGGAACCGUUGUUUUCUGGCGUGGACUUUCUACCGGACGGCAGAAUCGUCGCCGUUGAUAGCAGGAACUUGAAAUGUUUUAUGUUGAGUGACACACUGAAGAGGUUCGACACAUUUUAUAAAUUUAAGACAUAUCCUAGGGACGUAACUUCUUACUCUGAGAACAAUAUUGCAGUAACCGUCAGUGCCGGAGAUAUCCGAACCAUCUUCCUCCUAACAGUGGGCAGUGACAACACGAUCACGCUCAUGAAGACGCUGACCACGUCCACCAACUGCUUCUCCAUCUGUCACCUGAACGACCGCACGCUCGUAGUGAGCACCUGGGACGACCCGCGGCCUGCCAGGAAGUUCGACGUAGACGGCAAGGAGAGCGACUUUGAUAACGUGAAGUUUCCUGGAAAGACGUAUAAGCAUGAUGAAAGUAAAUGUACCUACAUACCAUCCCGGGAUACGCUUGUUCUAAUUGACAGGUUUGCUCACACAGUUAUCAUGUAUAACACCGUGACCGGCACAAGCAGCGUGGUUAAUGAUGAUCGGUUACGGGAACUAAAAAGUGCAUGUGUUGGCCCUGAUGAAUCCGUGUUUGUGUGCAGUAAGAACACGAAUUCCGUCAUCCAGAUAUCGCCCGACGGGGACAUUUUGGCGUCAUGUGACGUCGACAUGAAGUUUCCGUACGCCGUUGCCGUCUCCAGGGAUGGCUCGAGAAUGGCCGUGACCAACAGUGAGAGUGGCAUGAAAAAACUGAAACUGUUUAAAAUGAUACAAUAAAAAUGUAUGUGUCAAGAUUAGAAAUAAAUGCAAGUGUGUUGUAUAAUUUAUUUUGAAAGUAAAUACAACUUUCUGUUCGAACAUUAAUUUUGUGAAUAGCUUGUAAAUUAGAUUCUUGUAGUUUUACAUAUGUAUAUGUAUUAUAUGUAUUUUAAAAACAACGACCAUUAUUUGUCUUGUACUUAUAUAUUUAUAAAAUAAUUAUGUUUCUUUAUAUAAUUGAUUGAAAAAUGAUGAAACACCCUUAGGAAAGGUACAAACGAAAUUCUUUACACUCUUUAUGAAACGGCUUCCAGAGUAUUGUAUUUACUAAAGUGUAAGAGAAACUUUAACAAACGCAAUACAUGAUAGAAAGUAUAAUACUUCGAUUAAUUUUGUAUUUUGG